GAAGGGGGCCUUUACCGCUGGGGCUCGGCGGCGCCGGUGGAACCAUGGCAACCGCCCAGGGAGGUGGGACCGGCCCGGGGGAGGAGCUGGAGCAGGAGGAAGAAGAAGAGGAUUUCUGCAUCGCCCGAGGGAGCAUUGCUGAGGGCUCUGAUGGAGCCACAGCCGGUGCCACGAUGACCUUCAGCGCACAGAAGUGUGGGAUCUGCUUCCAGCCCCCAUCCAUCAUCCUCAUCUACAGAGACAACAGCCAGGACAAGACUCGCCAGCGCAUCAUGCCCAUCAGGCAUUUCUCCAGGUUCUCAGGUGAGGUGCUUUCAUUCCUGUCUGGCUCCCUCCAGAUGCUUGGAGAGGAACCCAUUGGUAGCAGCAUUGUUGGCAACCACUGCGAAUCUUGUAGCAGUGUGCAGGAGGGGCUGUGCUGGGGUAACAUCUCUCCAAGGAGCCCAAAGCUACAUCUCAAUCUGAGCAAUGGCUCUCUGAGCCCGGAGGGUUUGGAAAGACCCCUGGGGAGGGUUUGGAAGAAGAUGUGUGUGUGGGAAGAGGUUUGUUGCAGCUGCAGGGGCCUGUGUUGGCUCUCCCCAGACUGCAGCAGGGCUGCUGAGCAGCUGAAGAACAACCCUCGGCACAAGGCCUACCUGGAAGGGGUCUCACUGCGCCAGCUCCAGAAGCUCUACAGUUUGCUGAGAGGUCGUUUGGAAGGACACAGCCUGGCUGAGAGCUUGGAAAAGUUUCGGCAGGAAGAGACCAUUGACCCAGAGGAGGAUAUGAACAAAUUGGAUGAUAAGGAACUGGCCAAAAGGAAGAGCAUCAUGGAUGAGCUCUUUGAAAAGAACAGGAAGAAGAAGGAUGACCCUGACUUUGUUUACAACGUUGAGGUGGAGUUCCCACAGGAUGAGCAGCUGGAGUCCUGUACUUGGGACAUGGAGUCGGAUGAAGAAAUCUGAUUCCAGACAAAGAUGGGCAGGUCAGAGACAAAUCUCAGUAGGCCAGCAAGAGAGAACAAUGUCUUCAUAUGUGUUCUGUCCCAUGUUGGCUCAGGAGAACCUGAGGUGCCACAGCAAUCCCAGGGUUAAGUGAGCUUUGUUUAAGAAGCCAGACUUGAUUAAAUGGAAACUGGGUAGCUGGAAUGGUUGGCUGGUUUUACUCUUUUCCUACAUAAAAGAAUUUUAAAUUAUUUAA